AUGGUCUUCCAAUUGGGUGUCCCACUGCUGUGCAUGGUUGUUGGUGGCAGCGUUGUGCCAUAUCGCAGGCAAUAUGCCACCUCUGCCUGCUCUGGCCGAACCACAGGAUACAACUUCAACCAGAAUUUCGAAUGCGUCCCGCCCGGCAACUUCAUGGGUGAGGAUUGGGUGAAGGCAUAUUGCUCCGAGGUCGGUGGGAACGUCACCUUUGAGCACUACGACACUGCAGAUUGUGCAGGCGAACCCCGCCACACCGGAGUCUUUCCUUCGGGGUGCAAUCUCUGCUCGGAUCCAGAAUACACGUGUUAUGGCGGUGGCCUGCAGAGUCUCCAAAUCUCCUGUAGGAGUGCAGCGGUUGCAGCUGCAGCCAUGACACCGAGGAUUGCAACGUUCAUCCUGAGCAUCAUUGUCAAUCUACUUCAAUCUACUUUGAUUGCUUGA